UCAACUUGUCUUGUUCAAUGGACUUAACCUUAAUUGAAUGUUGUUUGUAGUGUCUACAUGCGGUUUUCAAGUGUAAAUGCGUUGAGUUUUUAGCCGAAAAUGGAGUCCUGGGACGAGGCAGAAAGUGGUGCGAGUGAGGCAGAGUCGGAUAAAAUCCAGCAAAAAAGAAAACGCAAACCAUUGGUUCUGAAUGCAAAAAGGGCCAAACAGCAAAAGAUUCCCGGUGAAAAGAGCAAGAAGAGUGAGCUGUUUAAGCCCCCGACCAUCGAGGAAUUGAGCAACCUGAAAGUGACUGAGAACUUGUUCAACAACAAUUUGUUUCGGUUGCAAAUUGAGGAGCUGAUAAAGGAGGUGGCGAUCAAACAGAAGAGGCGGAAGGCCUUACAGGUUUGGCUGGACUCUUUGGCCGGUAGCUUGCAACAGUUGCCAGAGCAUAGUUUCACUCUGUCCAGUCAGAAGUCAAAGAAAGCUCCGCAGUGUCCGUAUGAAACCGAUCAGGAUCUAUCUGUGAUACUGGGAAAGCCUGAAGGCUUCGAGUGUUUCGGGUUGUAUGAAAACAAUGCGCUACCAGGGCCCCAUUUGGAGGCCUGCGUAAACGUGACCAUGCCCAAAGCUUGCUUUCAUGUGAAGGACUUUCUUAAUAACCGGUACUGGGUUAAGCGAUUCUACUAUCUGAAUUAUUUGCGAAAACACCUUCAGGCCCAUAAAAAAGAGCUGAUAUUCAGUGACAGCAACGAGCUUUUGCCCAUUUUGUUGCUGCAACCCACUGACGACGAGAAGUGUACUGUUAAAAUCUACGUCACCCCUCCGGAUGGCUGCUUUAAAGCGUCCAGAUGUCUGCCGAAUUUGAACAAUGUUAAAAAGAACGUCUUCCAAGCGAAUGUCCAGGACUUGGAGGUGCUAAAAGCCGCGCCCACUGUCCUGUACAACAGUGCCCUUGCACAUGAUGUGACCUUAAAGGACAACAUCGCCUUUGUUAAGUCCGUGUUGAGCGAUCAGAAGAACGUGCAGGAGGCCAUCAAGCUUUUGCUCAUCUGGCUGAAGCAGCGGGAGUUGGACGUGGGCUUUGGAGGCUUUGGAAGCACUUUGGUGCUCUACCUGGUCACUUAUUUGCUGAUGAAAAAGAAAGUCAACCAGCUGAUGAGCUCCUAUCAGGUGGCAAAGAACUUUUUUGCAUUCAUCAGCUCUGGCGAGUGGGAGGCGAAGCCCAUCAGCCUGUCGGAGGUUUCCUCCGAACACUUGCACAUUUUCCAGAGCCAAUUCAAGCUAGUUUUCCUCGAUGAAACCGGCUGCUACAAUUUGGCAGCGUUUUUGAACUUUGAGGUCUACAGGAGGCUGCAGACAGAGUCCGCUCUGGCCUUACAGCAUCUGAACGAGGGCAGAAUGGACUCUUUUCAGUUGCUAUUCUUGACCAAGCUGCCGUUUGCUUUGCAGUACGACGCUGUCAUCGAUUUAACAGAGGCCCUUCCAAUGACCGACCAGUUUGAGGUGACUGAUAUUGAACGGGCUGUAAAUAUCGGGUUUGAUGCCUUCUUGCCGCUCAAGCAGAUGCACCAGCUGCUCGGUAAAGGUUUGGGAAGACGGGCGCUCCAUAUUGUGCCACAAAUCUUGGUUGAUUACUCGAAAGGCGUGACCAGAGCGUUGUUUGGAGUCGCUCUCAAUGCCGAGGCGGCGUUCAAUUUUAUCGAAAUGGGCCCAGCACUGAGCGAUGUGGCCAGAGCUGAGGAGUUUCGGCAGUUUUGGGGCUAUUUGGCCAGCGAUAGACGAUUUCGAGAUAGCACUGCUCAUGUAGCCGUCUACUUUAAAACAGCGACAAUCAGAGGAAAGCGCAGUAUUGUGAAACGGAUCAUCAAGUACCUGCUGAAUGAAAAGCACCAAAUGAAAUUUCGACUCUACUACGACGAGUUCGAGGAGUUUAUCGCGAACAAACUGAUUAGUGGACCGUACCCGAUGGGUACCAAUGAGGAGGGUUCGUUGAAGGCAAUCGCACUGGCGGACGAGUUGGGCCAGAAGUUGCGCAGCGUGCAAAUGUCGCUCAGCAUCACCGGCAUCCAAGGAACGUCCGACACGUUCAGUUACUGUGAAGUUUUCCCACCGGUAGCGGCUCGAUGCCAAUCGGCUGGCAAACGGCAACCAGCCAAAGAAAACUCUCUGGUUCUUGAUGCAGUCAAGCAGCAGGUUCCCAGGUAUCUGCAACCCCUGGAACUCGUGCUUCAGCUAGAGCACAGUUCUAAGUGGCCCAGCGACCUGCAGGCGAUUCGCCACCUGAAAACGUCGUUUCACCUGGAGAUCGCCAAAAUGCUCAAGGAGAAGCACAACAUCCUAUGCAAUGCCACCACGGAGUAUCUGGACGCGUUUUACCAAGGUUUAGUGUUCAGGUAUCGGCUUUAUGUGCCCAAAGAAAUCGUAAUGAUGAAGAAGCAAACCACCGAAGCUGGCUCUACAGCAUACGUGGACAAUGCGGAAAGCCAGGAAUACGAAAAGAUGCUCGGAAUCUUGCCCAAAGUGAAUGCCUCCCUCAAAGGCAUCCAGAUGCAAUCGCCCAGCUUUGGCCCGGCUACAGCCUUGAUAAAAAGAUGGUUGCGGUGCCAUAUGAUCGACAACUCGCAUCUGCCCGACACAGUGGUUAAUCUUCUGAACGUAUCCCUCUAUGUCAACCGCACAGCCUUUCCUAGCGCGUCGUCAACUCCACAACUAGCUUUCCUGCGCUUCCUGAAGUUUAUCAGCGAGUUUCAGUGGGAACUUCAGCCCCUUAUUGUGAACUUCAACGACGAAUUAACUGGGGAAGACAUCGCUUCUUUGGAGGAGAAGGUGCAGGAAAAGCGCGCUCUGGUGCAGCCGCUUUAUAUCAUCACGCCUUGCGACCAGGGCCAGUCGGUUUUCACCACAAGCAACCCCACUAGGGAGGUGCUGAAUCGCGUCCAGCAGCUGGCUGAGGCGUCCUUGAAGCUGAUCGUUGAUAGGAUUAGCUGCAGGGCCACAUUUGAACUCAAGAGCCUUUUCGUUCCGAACACUGACGGAUACGACUUGCUGAUUCAGCUGAACGCCUCGUUGAACCCUCGAGCUCAUGAGCAGCUGGAUAACGCCGAUUGCGAUAGGAUAAUGUUGAAGAAGUACCAGCGAAGGGAAAGUGAGAAAAUUCCAAUCGCUGGCUUCAACCCAGUCGAUUUGUAUUUGAGGACUUUGAGGGAGAAUUACGGCGAAAUGGCAAGUUUUUUCCAUGACUCCCACGGCGGGAGCAAGAUAGGCGUGCUGUGGAACCCUUCGAUCGGAGAGGACAAAGAGUUUAAGGUUGGCAACAUACGGGGAAGCAGGCUUGAAAAUGGACGGUUGCUGUUCAACAAGGAUGCUCUGAUCGAUGAUUUUUAUAUCCUGGGUAAAGACCUCGUUAGCUGGAUCGACAGUAAGUAACGUUUUGUUAAUAAAAUUUAAAAAAAG